ACUCUGUGUCUGCGGCAUACAUAUAUAUAUAUUUAUUCACCCACAAUGCAAUCUAUGCCUCUGUCUGUCUCGUUCUUUCUCGACCACUCUCACUCUGUCUGAUGCAGACAGAGUUCACUCGCUGCCCUUAAGUGUUCAUCAGACACUCGGCACUGACGUGCCAAUGGGAUGACUCCCGUCAGCCAUCCAUCGAAACGUCAGACAGGAGUGUGCGAUGGACACUGAAGCCGAGACGUGCCAGCUACCACGAGCGAUACCAUCACGUCACUCAGGGAGCCAUGAAUCGACCCACAAACUACCGACGCUGCUGACGAACAUGUAGGUAUCUCUCUCUUGUGUCUAGUGCCGACACAGCUGAUCUGAUCUAUACACACUCUCACACACUCGCCCAGCCGCCCAACCACCUUCACCCGUGCCUGUGUGCUAUCAGCCGCCAUCACUUUGCUGUUUGUCGUUGGUCUCUCGUGGUGGCGGUGGUGGCGGUGGCUGCCUGACGCGCACCACCUCCAGGUCCAGCACCACCUGCCCUGCCACAUCAAUGCCCAACGCCUGACUCUCCCUGUCCAGCCACAUACCACACACAUAAAGACACACACGCGUAUGACAGCACUGACUGCCAAUCCAAUCCAAUAUAUUCAUUGGUGCAUCGGCAAUUCAAUCCGUGUUGACCUGUCGACCCUGACGGCGUUGAAGACGGUCGAGUAGAGGCGCCUCCUCUGGCUGUCAGAACUGGGGAACGGACCCACAUUCUCACUCGUGUAGCUGAUCAGACCGGCAGACCAGGGCACACACACACACACACACACACACACACACAGAGCAUGCAUCACAUCAACCACAACCCCGCUGAUGACUUGCCCCAGGUAGGAAGGUAUGAUGAGUCUCCUCUUGCCGCCCUGCCGCAUCCCCAGCAGCCCCUCCUCGAGACCCUUGAUGAUCGGGCUCUCGCCCAGGGUAAUCCGAUAAGGCUCACGCUGAUCCCGCGCACUCUCAAACACAUACCCCUGACGACCUGCAAGUACACACGCCACGCCCAGACAGCCAGACAGACAAUGGACAGGACGGGCUCUCAUCUGACUGGACAGUGCAGGGCAGGGCAGGAAUCCCCCCGACCUGCGAGCCGUCCUGUCCAGUAGAAGUUGACUCUGCUGCCCAUGGUCACCUCCGGCCCGUCACCCAGGUCAUAAUCCGCGUACUGCAGACCCGACAUCGUCUGCACCAUUCCAACCACCGACACAAACCACACACAGACACGGACACAUACAGAAGCUUCUUGCAAGCUGCCACAAUCGCUGCAGAGCAUCCAAACGUAUGUCACCUUCCUGAACUCGGGUUUCUUUUCCCAGUGCGGCUGUUCUGCAAGGGCCGGUCGCCGCACAAACACAGGUGAGCUGGCAGUGACAAUCGCCCACAGCAGCAAGGAAUGCCACGAUGAUGCGGACGUGUGAUGGUACUGCCUGCGGUCGGCUGCAGAGGGUGCCCGCAGGCCAUCGUGACGGCCUGCAUCUGGUGCAUCUGGCUCAUGGCAGUAGGUCUCCUGCACGCGCAAGAUCAGCCGCGAAGUGGCGCUGUGAUGAAUUGGGGGUGGCAGAAACGCCAUUGGUGGCUGAGGGUGCAUCCAUAGAGGGGCUCCGCACGUCAUUUCGCGUCUUCUUUGUCGGGG